AUUUUUGUGCCGUAUAAAAGAAUAAGAAGAGAAGUAAAAGAAGAAGAAAUGUCUCUUUUUCCUGCUUAUUCGAACGAUAAAACUGAAUGUCCAAGCAGUAGCGAUAUAGAUAAUGUUUCCACUAAGUGGUUGUCAAACUCAAGUUUUCAAACACAAAUUCCAAUUAAAACAGAACCUCUUGACCUGUACUCUUCAUCAGACGAGUCUUUACACGAAUCUUUGCUUGAUGCAGAAAAGCAAGUACCAUCCGAACCAAUUUCUCGAGACACAAAAGUAUCCAUAAAACAGAAAAUCGACAAAAGUCAAAGAAUAGAUAGAAAAAGACGUACUCACGACAGUAAACAAUAUAAACCGGAUUAUGAGCUGGAUGUUGAGAAUGUAUACUUUGAAGACAGACAUAGAGAUAAAGGAAACAAUAAUAUAAAUACAUAUUGUCACAGAGCGAGGCCAUAUUAUAAUGUUAGUGAAAAAUCUCUCGGUUAUGUUAAGAGCAAACAACCAAAGAAAGACAUGUUUCAUAGGUAUUAUGUCAAAAAUAUUGACUCUGCAGAGACAGAGAAGAAAAAAGAUACAAUUAUCAAGAAGACGAAUGAGAAAGAAACUUCAAUAGAGCAAGAUGAUGAAGCAAACAAAAGUGUUUCUUCUUGGUGUAAGAACUUGGAAGAGGAACAAAAAUGUAAAACUCGAGAAUUUAAUGAACAACUAACAGAAAACCCACGUAAUGUUGAACUUUGGUUGCAAUAUAUUUACUUUCAGGAUACUCUGGCUUAUUAUCAAAGACACCAAUUAGCUAAAGAUACGUAUCGAUCUACAGUAUUGAAAAAAUUAUCUAUUGUUGAAAAAGCGCUCGAGAAAAAUACAGAUUCCAAGGAAUUAUUAAAAUUAAAGCUAUAUUUUAUGACAGAGUUGACUCCGUCUGAUGAACUAUCGAAUCAAUUAGAGGUAUUAGUCGAUAAAGAUUCAGGGAAUAUUAUGCUGUGGCAACAUAUCAUGGUCACACAAGGUUCAGUAGCAUCGUGUACUGUACCCCGAGUAUUGGAUUUAUAUUCAAAAUGCUUCUGUGUUUUGAGACAGCGCUCAAGAACAAAUCCUUCCAUUUAUGAUGCACAGUUGCUGCAUAUGCCGUAUCGAUGCUUGAUUUUCCUGAGACAAACAGGAUUAUGGGAACAAAUGUGGGAAACGAUACGUUUAAAUCUAAAUUUGAAUCUAAACUUAAACAAAACUAGUUCUUUUCGAGGAUCUAUAGAUGAAAAAAAAUUAAUUGGAAUGGAAGAAAUGAUAUCGAUGUCACGAUUACCAUUAAAUCAACUAUGGCAAAGAACUGAGUCAUUGAGAGAGAAUUGCCAUUGGAUUAGCGUUAGUAGGGACGAGUUAGAAUUAGUUGGAGAUUCUAGAAGAUUUAUUUUACCAGAAGAUGUGGCAGAUUUUGUACAUCCAAUUCUUUCCCGUAAUUCAAACUUUCAAAUGGCUAUUUAUUCUCUUUUAUGUCUGAAAGUACCACUUUUACCUUGUCGAGAUCGCUAUAUGAAAGAAUUAUUAUUGACAAACUUUCAUUGGGGAGUGGAAUCUUUAGAAGUAUUGCUUCCUUUUAUGUAUCCUAUGGUAGGUGAAAUGGCUGGUCAUGAUCAAAGGAAAGAAUUAUUGAAGGACGUUCUCGAAGGACGUUUAACGUCAGGUCCUCGAUAUCUCAAGUUUCAUCCGGCGCAGGAACCAUAUUUAGAUUUUGUACGCAAAAUAUUUCAUACGAUCGCGGAAAAUCUGCCUUUAUUACAACGGACAAGUAUAUAUGUCUGGUGGUUGCGAUUGGAAAGAUUAUUGGUAUCUCUUGGCAAAGAUGAACCUUUAAAACACGACAAUAAAGGAAAAAAAUUGAGAGCAACGUUGAAAGAAUUUUUAAAAAAGGAUGAAAAUAGAAAUAAUUUGUAUUUUUAUAAAGAAUAUGCUUUAAUAGAACUAGAAAUGGGCAGAUUCAGUAAUUGUAUGAACAUUCUUGAAACUGCUAUUCAAUCUCAAGGGACAUGCCCGUCUGCAAUGUGUGAGAUUACCAAUAUGUGUGAAAGAGCAGCGCUUUUUAACGUAUAUAGGACAUUCAUUGAGACCUUGCUUGAUAUUAGAACGUAUAACGAAUCGCACAGAUCCUGGAUACUAAAAGUCUUUGGUCAAAUGAUACCUAACAAAAACGAAAAUCAAGACUCUUUGAUCGAAGCAUAUUUACAUUCGUGUGUACAAAAUUUUCUGCAAAUCCCUUCCAAUGAACAAGAAAAAGAUACUUAAUUUCUGUCGAACUUAGAACGUGAUGCUAUUGUAUGCUAUGCAUACUUCCUGUACAUUAAAGACGGUGAUAUCCAAACUGUUAUUAACACAUUAAGGAACUGCAUUGAUCAUUCCAAGGAUUAUCCUUACUUACAGGAAAUGUUGUACGAAAGUCAAAUUGCAAUUCUGCAAUUACAUUACGAGCGAACUCAGAGUAUGCAGGCUGUGUUAAAAGAAACCUUAAGCAGAACUUUAAAUACAUAUCCAAAUAACUUUUAUGCUUUAUCUGUAUUUACUCGAAUAGAGAGUGAAUUACCAACUUGGAGAUUCAAUAGUAGAAGCACUGAGAUUGAAUUGUGGCGAGCCAUGGCAAUGUGUCUGGCUGCUCGUAGACGUAUUGGUCUCCAUGAUCAUCAUGAUGCAAUGAAUGCCGCACUAAAUAAGCUAUUAUCUUUUCAUCUAACACUCUCUAGAAUACCAUCGACACGAUGUUGUCCAUUGCUGUGGAGACUGUAUAUGCUCCUUCUGCGCGAACAUAAUUUAUGCGAGAAAAAAGGAGAAAAGAUUUAUCAUGAAAGCGUCACUCAAUGUCCAUGGACAAGAAGUAUUUACAUAGAUGCAGCUGAAGUAGCGCCUCAACUUCUCACACAAAUUCAAGAUCUAAUUCGCGAGAAAGAAUUAAGAAUGCACGUCACACCUGAGGAAUUAGAUAUUCUUCGUGGAUAAUGUAA